AUGCUGAGAAAACUAGCCAUGAGUACCAUCGCUAACACCGGUAAGAUCAUUCCCAACCGAGCAUUGACCCAGAAUCUCAGGAAAGAUGUGUGGUCGUUGACCAACGAGGCAGCAGCAGUUGCAUCGCAAAACGCUCAAAACAAGAAUCGCGAAUUGAUCAAUUUGGGACAGGGCUUUUUUUCGUAUUCACCACCAGAAUUCGUGAUCCAACAGGCCCAAGAGGCCCUUACAUCGCCCAUGGUCAAUCAAUAUGCUCCCACUAAAGGCCGUCCAUCUCUCCUAAAUUCGCUAAUAAACUUGUACUCGCCCCUUUACGGUAAACAGCUGGCUCCCGAAAACGUGCAGGUCACCACCGGUGCCAAUGAAGGUAUUCUAUCGUGUUUGGUGGGUCUGCUCAAUCCGGGCGACGAAGUAAUUGUGUUUGAGCCCUUUUUCGACCAGUACAUCUCAAAUAUCCAAAUUCCGGGCGGGAAAGUUACUUAUGUGCCCUUGCAUCCCCCUAAAGAAAUCUCAGAGCGUGUCACUCAGGGAACAGAAUGGCGUGUGGAUUACGAUGAGCUGCGUCGUGCUGUGACGCCAAAAACCAAGGCUUUGAUCAUCAAUUCGCCUCACAACCCAGUUGGUAAGGUUUUCACGCGCGAAGAGCUACUCCAAAUAGGCCAAAUCUGCGUGGAGAAUAACAUCAUUAUCAUUUCCGAUGAAGUUUACGAACACCUGUAUUUUACACCCGAAUUCACUCGCAUUGCCACUUUGACUCCCGAAAUCGGACAACUUACGUUAACUGUAGGGUCCGCUGGCAAAACUUUUGCUGCUACGGGAUGGCGAGUCGGUUGGGUCGUAUCUCUCAACGCAGAUCUUCUGAAAUACGCAUCCAUGGCUCACACCCGAAUCUGUUUCUCGACGCCAUCUCCUUUGCAAGAAGCCUGUGCCAGUUCUCUUGAAACGGCACUUGAAAAUGGUUAUUUCGAAAAAAUGCGUCAAGAGUACAUUCGCAAGUUCGAGAUCUUCACAAAAGUAUUUGACGAGCUUGGCCUACCUUACACCAAGCCCGAGGGUACUUACUUCGUAGUUGCCGAUUUCUCGAAGGUCAAGAUCCCACAGGAUUACCCAUUCCCAGAAGAACUACAAUCCAAGGCCAAAGACUUCAGAAUCUCUUACUGGCUCGUCAACGAACUCGGUGUCGUGGCCAUUCCACCCACAGAAUUUUACAUUCCAGAGCAUGAAAAGGUGGCAGAGAACCUGUUACGAUUUGCCGUUUGUAAAAGUGACGAUUAUUUGCAAAAAGCCGUUGAUAGAUUAAGGCUAUUGAAAAACUACAUUUAG